CUGUCAGAAGUUCUUAAAGUUGCGGUUUAAAUUCAGAAAAAAGCAUAUGGCUGACUCGCGUUUUGUUGUCUUGCUGUUUUGUUUUUUCCUGUUCUUUGAAAGACAUUAUUUUUUCGGUUGCUCGUAAAUAGUUUGGAAAACCGUCACAUAAUUUCGUUACGGAAAAAAUGUCCAAGUGUUUUCGUGACAUGAAAUCAACAAAAUUUGGAAACAAAAUUGAAUUUUAGACGUAACCAUCGAUUAUACUUUUCCAUACUUAAAAGUGACAGAAAGAGAAAUAAAUUUAUGGUGCAGGUGUUUUCUUAAAGUCCGUGUGUGUUUUUUCAUGAUUUUGUUGAUUCUAGAAUUUGAGAAAUAUUUGCAAAUAAAUUAAACAAAAAAGUCUUUGCAAUGGACUUAACCGUGUAAUUGUCAAAAUGUUGGUGUGGUAAAACAAAGUUUAAAAAAAUCUAAAAAAUCAAAAAGUUGUUGUACGAUUGUGUUGUGGGUGUAUUUGAAUUGAGAAAGAAUUUGAAAGAGGUUUCUCGUGUCUGGAAAUGAAGCAUUGAUGUCUUUCGUUUCAGUAUACAUUUUUGUGUGAUUUUUUCGUUGAAAAAUUCGAAACAAGUAAUUAUCAUCCUCGAACUAAUCAAGCUAAUGAGAGCGUGAGAAAAUCAUGAUUAAUGUCAAACAGUUGUCCAAUCAGAAAAUAUAAUUGUGUACAUGCCUAACCCAUGUCAACUAUGUCAUCAAAGUCAUAUUUUUUUCUUCCAUCGUUAAAUUGAAGACUGUUUGGAUAACGAUCAAUUGAAAAUGUCGCAUAGAGACUUUUCAGAGAAUGAACCCGAAGGAACACCCGAACUGCCUGUGGCAAACCGUGCGCUUUUCCUAGAAAAAGUUCGCCAAUCGAAUGCGGCCUGCCAAAAUGGAGACUUCAAUACGGCUGUGCUGCUGUACACGGAUGCAUUGAGUUUGGAUCCCGGCAAUCACAUUAUAUACAGCAACAGAUCGGCGGCCAGACUGAAGCAGGGCCAGUUUUCGUUAGCUCUACAGGAUGCAACGAAGGCGCGUGAAUUGUGUCCACAGUGGCCGAAAGCAUAUUUUCGACAGGGAGUUGCACUGCAAUGUCUGGGUAGAUAUGGAGAAGCUCUGGCAUCGUUUAGUACCGGUUUGGGAGAGGACUCAACGAAUAAACAAUUGUUGGCUGGUCUCAUUGAAGCAACGAUCAAAAGUCCGCUAAGAAACUCGUUGGAACCCACAUUUUCCCAGCUGAGAGCUAUGAAGUUGGAUCAGUCACCGUUCGUGGUCAUAUCAGUUGUGGGACAGGAGCUACUACAGGCUGGUCAAUAUCAUUCAGCUGUGUCAGUUCUUGAAGCAGCAUUACGUAUCGGUUCAUGUUCGCUGAAAUUGCGUGGUUCGGUUUUCAGCGCUUUGAGUUCGGCAAACUGGGCACUAAAUCAAAUGGAUAAAGCAAUCGGAUACAUGCAACAAGACUUGGCGGUCGCUAAAAGUCUGGGUGACACCGCUGGUGAAUGUCGAGCACAUGGAAAUUUGGGAUCGGCUUAUUUUAGUCAAGGUUCAUUUAAGGAAGCUUUGACCGCUCAUCGCUACCAACUUGUAUUGGCUAUGAAAUGUAAGGACACCCAAGCAGGUAUAGCAGCUUUAACGUCUCUCGGCCAUGUCUAUACGGCCGUUGGUGACUAUCCGAAUGCGUUGGCGAGUCAUAAGCAAUGUGUACAGUUGGUGAAACAGAUUGGAGAUCGGUUGCAAGAGGCACGUGAGAUUGGCAAUGUGGGUGCAGUAUAUUUGGCUAUGGGAGAAUUUGAUUCAGCUGUAGAUUGUCAUACGCAACAUUUGAGAUUGGCUAAAAAGUUGAACAAUCAAGUGGAAGAGGCGAGAGCGUACAGUAAUCUUGGUUCUAGUCAUCAUUAUAGACGAAACUUUGCGCAAGCGAUAACAUAUCACGAGCAAGUUUUGAGAAUUGCACAGCAAUUGGGUGAUCGUGAUUUGGCCAGAUCGUAUCAGCAACGCGCCUAUGCUGGUUUAGGACAUGCAUGUCGAUGUGCUGGAGAUACGUUGCAGUCGAAAAAAUGGCAUGAAAAACAAUUGGAAAUGGCACUUGCAUCUCGGGAUAAAAUUGGCGAGGGACGAGCCUGUUCUAAUCUGGGAAUCGUUUAUCAACUACUAGGCGAACAUGAUGCUGCUUUGAAAUUACACCAGGCGCAUUUGACCAUUUCUCGAUUGCUUCAAGACCGAGGAGGAAUGGGUCGAGCGUAUGGGAACAUUGGAAAUGCAUAUUCAGCGGCCGGUCUGUACGAAGCAGCGAUUAAAUACCACAAACAGGAAUUGACAAUAAGUAAAGAAGUACAUGACCGAAGUGCUGAAGCAUCCACACAUGGCAAUCUCGCAGUAGCGUAUCAAGCACUAGCUGCACACGAUAUGGCACUGAUUCACUAUCGAGCUCAUUUGAAUAUUGCUAGAGAACUCAAAGAUACCGCCGGUGAGUCAUGUGCUUUGCUCAACAUAGCGAAUUGCUUUAGUUCCCGAAAAGAAUUCUCUCAGGCCAUUCCAUACUACGAGUCUUAUUUGAUGUUGUCGCAAGAACUGGGCGAUGUAAAUGCUGAAGGAAAGGCAUGCCAUUUUUUAGGAUACGCUCAUUAUUGCAUCGGUAACUACCGAGAAGCAAUCAGAUAUUACGAUCAAGAUCUUGCACUAGCUAAAGAUCUGCAAGAUAAAAUGAAUAUGGGCCGAGCGUAUUGCAAUUUAGGAUUGGCACAUCUUGCUCUGAAUAAUAGCACGGCAGCCUUAGAAUGUCAGAAAUACUUUUUUGCUAUCGCUCACAUGACCAAUCAUUUGCCGGGAAAAUUCCGAGCGCUGGGUAACAUCGGUGAUGUUCUAUGUCGAUCUGGUGAUAUUGACGAAGCCACGAAAAUGUAUCAACGGCAACUGGCUUUGGCUAGACACGGACGAGAGCGUUCUAUGGAAGCGGCAGCAUGUGGAGCAUUGGGUUUGGCACAUCGUUUGGUGAAAAAGUUCGAUAAGGCGCUCGGUUAUCAUACUCAAGAGUUGACAUUAAGACAGGAACUGAUGGACGUCUAUGGUCAGACACGUGCUCACGGCCAUUUGGGUGCUGUUCAUAUGGCACUCGGUAAUUAUAAUCAUGCCGUUCAAUGCUACCAAGAACAGUUAGAAAGAGCACAAGAGCUCCAGGAUCGAGCUAUCGAAGCACAAGCUUAUGGCAAUUUAGGCAUUGGCAGACUGAACAUGGGGCAUUUUGAAGAAGCUAUUGGCUACUUAGAGCAACAAAUGGCAACAUUGGAACAAGUUAAUCUGCCUACUGUUCAACACGAUAGAGCAAGAGCACUAGGCCAUCUCGGAGAUUGUUACGACGCAUUAGGUGACUUUGAAGAAGGUAUUAAAUGCCAUGAAAGACACUUGCAACUAGCAAGUACGAUAUCCAGUUUCCGAGAUCAAGAAAUUGCCUACAGAGGACUGGGUAACAGUCAUCGAGCGCUGGGUAAUUUGCAGGAAGCGCUGGUUUGCUUGGAAAAGAGAUUGGUAGUUUCACAUGAACUUGGAAGCUUAGAGGCUAAAGCCGCCUCGUAUGGAGACUUGGGUAGCAUUCACAGUUUAUUGGGAAAUUACGAGCAAGCUGUUAAGUGUUUCGAGCAUCAGAGAGAUAUCGCAAAUGAACUGGGUGAUCGACUGACAACGUCUGACUCAACAGCGGGACUAGGUUCCGUAUUUCUUCAAAUGGGUGAUUUGGAUGGUGCACUGAAACUCCAUCAAAUGGACUUGGAACUAUGUGACAGCAUGGAAAUGCAAUCGUUGCAGGCUAGAGCUUGCGGUAACUUGGGAACAGUAUACGAAGCAUUAAAAUCGUACCCCGAAGCCAUCACAUUUUUCGAAAAACAAUUGGCAUUAACAACUGACCGUUUGACGAAAGCGUUUGCCUGUGGCUCGUUAGGCCGAGUAUUUCACACAAUUGGCCAGCUACCCCAAGCGAUUAACUUUCUGCGACAAGGCCUAUCCAUUGCACAGUCCCUUAACAGAUGUGAGACUGAAGAGGCUAAAAUCCGUCAUCGACUGGGCUUGGUAUUGCUGGCUUCGAACGAUAACGAAAAUGCUCGGAUGCAAUUGGAAACAGCCGCUGAUGUUAUAGAGUCUAUCCGAUAUGAUCAGAGAUCGUCGGAGUGCAGAUCCAUGCUGUUCGAUCUACAAACUGCCUGCUAUCAUGUUUUACAGAAAACCUUAGUCAUGAUGGGACGCCACGAAGAGGCUUUGGUUGUAGCCGAGAAAUGUAAGGCUCGAUCCAAUGCACAUGCAAGAUUCGUAUCGAGAAAAACGGUCACUUGCAGUGAGUCGAUCUUCGACACAGUGAACAAAUUGAAACAAAAUAUAAUUUACUUCAGUCUUGCCGAAGAUGAGUUGUAUACGUGGUUCUUGCAACCGCAAAAAAGGAUUGUUCGUUUCAACAUGUCCAAAAUCAACGAGGAAACGUUAGAAAUGACUGCAGAUAGUAAAGGAACAGACAGUGAAACCACCUCCAGUUUGCUUGAGCGAUACAUACAAAUGGUACGUGAUAGUCUAGGAGUCAAUUCUGAAUCCGUUCUACAUGAAGGCGAUGGAAGUGGUUGGCGUUCGUCGGAAAAUUUAUUGGACGACUUUGCUAGUGAACGAGACGGCUUCUUGCGUAUGGUCAAUCGCAAUCAUUUGAUGAAUUCCAGUAAUUAUUCGCUCAGUUCGUUAUUCAGUUUGGGAAGUGUCGGUGGAUCGGUGGCUAGUCUCCAAGGAUCCACAAGUAUGUCUUUCAGAUCGAUCGGUAGUCUGCAGGGAUCAACCAGAUCGCGACGAGUUCCCAUAGUUCCCCCAUGGCAGGGACCGACUUCAUUACAUCAACUUUACAACUUAUUGUUAGCUCCGUUCGAUGACUUGUUACCCAACAGUGCAAUGACUGCACGCGUUGGUCACAAGGACUUGAUUCUCGUAUUGGAAAGUGAACUUUAUUUAGUUCCGUUCGCGGUUCUACGCAGUGGAGAAGAUGGUGGAGAGUAUCUAUCGGAAAGGUGCAGUUUGAUUACUGUUCCAUCCCUGCAAACAUUACGACAAAAAAGUCGAAUGAAAUCUCGUGAACCACCGGACAAUUUAAAAAGUUCACUGGUUGUGGGUGGUCCAAGAAUACCGGCAACGUUAUCGGAGACAUGGGGAUGGACAGAAUCACCAGCUGCACUCCAAGAGGCUGCUAUGGUCUCCGAUAUGUUAAGUGCUAAGGCGUUGGUUUCAUCGAAUGCCACAAAAGAAGCUGUGUUAUCAGAAUUGCCUAGCGCUGAAUGUGUUCACAUCGCUGCAAAUUUGAGCUGGAAACUUGGAGCUGUUGUUCUAAGCCCGGGUGAGAUGUGCGGUCAACCACAAUCGUCAAAACGAUUCUAUCAACCGACAUCAGUGGACCUUGAAAAUGAAGACGAUGCAAACGAUUUGGCGGUUUCGAACAUGGAAAUUCCACCAUUGUCUGACUUUGUGCUUUCAUCAUCGGACAUUCAGUCGAUGAAAUUGAAUGCAAAGCUAGUUGUACUCAGUUCAUACCACUCAAUCGAGCCGAUUAGUGGAUGCGGAGUAGCCAAAUUGGCUGGAAGUUGGUUGAGUGCUGGAGCGGGAGCUAUUUUGGUUUCGUUAUGGCCUGUUCCAGAAACAGCUGCAAAGAUUUUGCUCCGAGCCUUUUAUUCGGCAUUACUCCAAGGGGCAAGAGCAUCACGUGCGUUAGCAGAAGCGAUGCAAACGGUUCAGCAUACAAAACACUUUGCACAUCCAGCGAAUUGGGCAGGUUUUCUAUUGAUCGGUGGAAACAUUCGUCUGUCGAACAAAGUUGCACUGAUAGGGCAUGCUCUUGGCGAAUUAAUGAGAUCGCCAGACAAGUGUCGUGAUGCGCUCAGAGUUUGCUUGCACUUGGUGGAGAAAAGUCUUCAACGAAUUCAUCGAGGACAAAAGAAUGCCAUGUACACGACUCAAAAGAGCAUCGACAACAAAGCCGGAUCGGUAAAUGGAUGGAAAGAUCUCUUAAUGGCCGUAGGUUUUCGGUUUGAACCAGCUGCGAACGCCAUACCAGCGAGCGUUUUCUUUCCACAAACAGACCCGGAAGAUCGAUUAAGCCAAUGUUCAGCUAGUUUGCAAGCACUAUUAGGUCUAUCAACCACCAGUCUUCAUGCUCUGUCCAAGCUGGUCAACAACUCGGAAAUAUCUGAUGAUAUUAUCGGUGUCAUGAGGAACAUAAUCGCCCAGUUCCCGCCGAAAGGUAGUCCUGACCUAGAGACGAGUGUGGAUAUUCCUUUAAGUGUCCGAUUGUGGAGAGACAUGCACGAAUUGUUGGCAUCACUUGGAUUCGAUCUAAUGGAAGUUGGCCAGGACCAGGUCACACUUCGUACAGGCAAACAAGCGAACAGACGAAAUUGUCAAUUUGUGUUACAAGCACUUUUAGCUCUAUUCGAUACUGAAAAUGGUGCACCGAAGAGUCUUGGUCUGGAUUCCAGUAGUAGUUGUGAGUCGUUGAACGAAGAAAGACAAGAAAGUUCUGCAAAUUCAGUGUGCUUGCAACCUCAAUCAGCGCUCAAUCAGCAGCGAAGUGUUUCGCCAGUUGGUAGCGUUAAAAGCGCACGUCCACCGUUGCCAUUUCGUCGAGCACUGAUCACUUCAGGCGGAGCAUUCACAUCGUACGUUAGAAGACGAGGUGAACCCGAUGGUGGACGCACAGAAAACGAAUUAUCGAUGAAAAUGCCGGCAUUCGACACCCGGCAAACAAAUACAACCGACAGUGAACUCUCCGAUGGUUACAUGUCGCAGACAUUGAACAAAUUUGAACCAAAGCCAAAAAUGGGUUUCUCAAGUCUACGACCUGUAAAAGUUAGUCGGCCAGGUGGUGGAGGCGAAAGUGACGCAGCAUUCACACCGAGUCCUCCAGUUGUUGUUGACAGUAGUGUUUCGUUGGCGUUGGCUCAUCAAACUAGAAUUCGAAAUUUGUAUUCAUCAUCAUCUUCAGUGGACCAUGGAAUGCGUCGCGAUGGUCAAACGCAGAACUCAAGGCGUCCUGAUAGUUCCAGUUCAGCUAGUUCAACUACUGAUUGGGAAGGUUCUGGUCAUGCAACCGUUUUACGUCGCGCUAAUCAACCGCACCACAUGCCUCCCUUACCACCACCGAGACAAACGCAUCCAUUGAUGGAUAACUUAAGAACUCCAUUAGGCCCUGUGUACAACAAUCUUGGACUCGAAUCAACCAGUUCCGAUUCCGAAUUUGAAAAGGGAUUCGAUUUACCGGCUUCAUCAAACUUAACGGCUUUCAGGGGAAAGAAACCGUUACAGCAAUUCCUCUCACGCAAAAUCUCCGAUCAGAUUGGAUUCAUAGACAGACUGAAUGCGCACACACAGAUAAAUGCGACGAAUUCGAAUAAGGCAAGGAAACCGAUAACCUUACCCGACGAUCAAAAUUCCGUCGCCUUCAAUACCAACAAUUUGUACUUCUCGCCGAACGACACCGACACCAUAGAUCCAAAAAAGAGUAUGGCCCUCAUGAAAAUCAACUCUAAAGAGCACAAAAUGUCGAAUCACACGAAAAACAUUCAGGAUUCGAUUAUGCGACAGAUGAACCGCGAAAUGACACCAACCAUUUCGGAGGUGUAUCACGAACGAAACAUAGGCCUAGGACUAGCACCACCACUGACCAAAUUGUUGUUGAGCAAAAAUUACGAUGAAGGCGACGUGGAAAAAUCGAGCGAAAGCAGCAACACAAAUGAUUUGGAUUUGUCACUGCCAACGGUGGUAAAUGGAGGAACGCCAACAAGUAAUGGCAACAGUGAACGAUGCAGUAAAUGCAGCAACAACAGCACCGAUUCGGUGUGUAAUUGUAAGUCAGCAAGUGCUACGAUAAAAAAGUCAAGCAAACCCUGGCUGAGCAACGUCAUUCCUAAUGUGAUACAGGCGAGUGAUCUAACAACAGCUGAUAUAUUGGAACGACAAAAUAAAAUUAAAGCCAAAACGAACGACAUUGAACUGAUGGAAAAUGUGAAUAAAAUAAAUGACGGACCGGUUUCCAAGAGUGGAACGGGCCGUGGUAGUCCAUUCACCGAUCUGUCUCGCCGUGAUGAAGGCGAUGGCCGGAGUGUGGCAGAUUCGCAGUGUUCGGGCAAUUAUAAGACCGAUGUAAAUAGUACGGUUCAGGUGAAACAAAUUAGAAAUAAGUUUAAUUUAUAGAUCGAAGAUAUGGUGUAGGUUGGACAAACAAGCCUAUAACCGAAAGUUUACAUAUAAUGAUGUAUAAAUGCGCCAUAGACCAUUCUGCAAUAAAUUUUGAAGC